GAACAUGAGGCCAUAAGUAUGGACUUUGGUAAGAAUUUACAAUUGCCGAAUAUUACCACUAAUGACAUCUACUACAAGCGGCAGUUAUCAAUGUAUGCUUUUAACAUACAUGAGUUGUCUAGUGCGAAAAGUAUUUUUUACCUAUAUCCUGAGACUGAAGGAAAGAAAGGGAGUGAUGAUGUUUCUUCUUUCCUACACAAUUUUGUCUAUGAACAUCUGGAUGAAAAAAUUAGACACCUUCACAUAUUCUGUGACUCUUGCUCGGGCCAGAACAAAAACUUCACAAUGAUAAGAUUUUUACAUUAUCUUGUUUAUGAAGCAAAGAAACUUGACUCCAUCAAAGUAACAUUCCCUGUGCGUGGCCAUUCAUACAUGGAAUGCGACAAGAAUAUGGGGCUUGUCAACACAAAAUCUAAGGCAGAACUUCCUUCAGAUUGGAUUGAAGUUUUUGAAAAUGCUAGAAAGAACCCUUUUCCCUUUAAAGUUGUGAGUAUUGACAAUCAAUUCUGUAGACAGUGGACAAAAUUCUUGGACACAUUAUAUAUGAAAAAAUGCCCAUUUGCUACCAGGACUAUAAAGGAGCUUAAAAUUUCCAAGGAAGGCAAUGGUAAUGAACAAAAAUUGAUGCUGAGGAGUUCUUACUAUGCAGCGUGGGACAAAUGUUCAAUCCUGCCAAAGAAAAAAACCCAUUCUUCAACAGUAUGUGCUGAAAAUGAAUUUCUAAUGCCAGAAAAAUCUUAUGAUGGUCCACUGCCUAUCAAGAAGGCCAAAUACAAUGACUUGAAAGAUUUAAAGAUAUUUUGUAGUAGUGCUGCCCAAGAAUACUUCACCAAUCUUCCCCAUUUGGAUGAAUAAAAUUAGGGUCUUAAAUGAAGCAAUCCAAAUUAAAUUAUAUUUUCAAUGUGCUAAGUUUUAUAUGUAAAAUAAAUAUCUGUAUUAUUUUGGA